AUGUCAAAACUUUUGCUACCAGGAGACGUUAUAAGUGCAGAUGAAACACAAUCCCAGUCGAUAUCAGCAGGGCCAGGAAUAUAUAGUGAUCCAUUAUCACAAGAGAUAAAAGCUACUCACGCAGGUUUAGAAGUGGUAACACCGAACAAGAAAGGCGCAUCCGUGUAUGUUGAUUAUAACUCCAAAAGAUAUAUUCCAGCAGUUGGAGAUUUUGUAGUUGGUGUCAUUGUUGCUUCCUUCGGAGACAGCUACCGCGUGUCAUUGUGUAAUUUCUCGAAUCCGGUAACGCUAUCGUACAUGGCAUUUCCUAAUGCAUCCAAGAAGAAUAAACCCACCUUAAAGGUUGGUGAUCUUUGUUACGCACGGGUUUGUAGUGCAUACAAGGAAUUAGAAGCGGAAAUAGAAUGUAUGGAUUCAUCAAAGGGACAGGAUGCGGGAUUCGGUCUUUUAGAUGGAGGAAUGACGAUAGAAGUAUCUCUAGCAUAUGCAAGAGAGUUGUUGUUUAAUGACUCUUACCCUCUACUCAAUAUAUUGGGAAAUCUCGUUGAAUUUGAGGUGGCUAUAGGAGUAAAUGGUAUUAUAUGGUUAAAGACGGACGAUGUGAGGACAACAUUGGCCUGUUACAGAUCUAUAUUGACUUGUCAAGGUGUUUCUCCUGCUCAGUUCGAUAAAACUAUAAAAAGUAUAUUUAAUGAUACCCUCAAAUCAACAGACGAGAAGUGA